AUGCAACCUUCAACCGACGGUAAUCGCGUAGACGAGAAUCCCUCAACAAGCACUAGAGACUUGGCUAGAGAAGUGCAAGUAUCAAAAACUAAAGUGUGGCAAACGCUGCGUGAGGAGGGGCUGUAUCCGUUUCACGUCCAACGUGUACAAGCCCUUCAACCUGACGAUUUUCCAGCAAGAGUGCGGUUUUGUGAGUGGUUGGUGCAUCAACAUGACAAUAAUCCAGACUUUUUGAAGUGCAUAUUGGUGACAGACGAAUCUACGUUCACGCGUAAUGGGGUGAAUAACUUUCGCAACACUCAUGUUUGGUCAGUAGAAAAUCCGCACGCUGUCCGCCGGGCACAUUUUCAACAAACCUUUUCGGUGAAUGUUUGGGCUGGCAUGGUGAACGGUAUGCUCAUUGGACCAUUUAUUCUCCCAAAUCGAUUGGACGGGAUGCAAUACCUAGACUUUUUACGCAACAUUUUGCCUUCCUGGUUUGCCUGCAGAGAUAAGAGAAGAAAAUUCUUGGUUGCAUGUAUUCUCUAUUCGAACUUUCAAGGACAAUUAUCGCAACAAGAAUGCCUUGCUGAGUUACUGUCUUUUUUCGGCAACGAAGCGCCACAUCAGUCGACAAUUUCCCGUUCGCAUGGAGAAUUCAAACGUGGUCGGGUGAGUCUUAGCGACGAUCCCAGGGUGGGUGUACCAAAAACGGCAGUCACCCAGCAAAACGUCGAUUUUGUGCUCAAACUCAUCAGUGAAAAUAGACAUGUGACAUAUCGCGAGAUUGAGGCGUCCUUGAGGAUCUCAAAAACCUCAAUUCAAAAGAUUUUACAUGAAGAAUUAGGAGUAAGAAAAUUAGUUUCUCGUUGGAUACCCCACCUGUUGACUGAAGAGCAGAAAGCAGCCAGGGUUAAUUGGUCUCAAAAAACGCUUGACCGUUUCAAUUCCGGAAACUCAAAAAAUGUGUACAGCAUGUGUUGCAACCCCGAAAGAAGAAUCAUCCUCCACCAAGACAAUGCAAGCUCGCACGCAGCCCAAAAAACAAGGCAGUAUUUAACGAAAGAAAACGAGGAAUUAUUACUGCGUGGUCAAAGGUUCCAGUCACCAAAAGAAGCAGUUGACGCAUUCAAAAAUGCCGUUUUGGAUCUGCGAGCAAACGACUGGUAUAAGUGCUUCGAAAAUUAG